AUGGAGCCACGUGUAACAGGAGGAGAGAUGGUUUUGGCUGAGAACACUAGAAUGCAAGUAAAAAUUUAUGAAUUGGAACAACAGAUUCGUGCUUUAAAUGCUAACAGAGAUGAAUUGGUUCAAGAAAAUACACGUUUAAGAAAUAGAAAUCAAGAACUUGAAACUGAUAAUAAUCAGAUUUGUGCAACAAAUGAGAAUCUGACGCGAUUGAAUGACACGUUAAAAAUUGUUUUGAGAGAUGCUGAAGAUGAAAGAGACCAUUAUCAUGCGGCAAAUAUCAAGGAAGCAAUCGUUCAGAUUAAAAAGUGGCAA